ACAGCCCUCACUGUUCGUUUCUUAACCAGGCGAUUCAUCGGAGAGUAUGACCAAACACUGGGUGAGUAAUGUUUUUUACCACAUUUUUUUCUUUUUUUUUUUUUUUUGCGGAACACACCCCCACUCAUUUUAAAACUCACUGAAUUACACAUAAGUGAUUACACCAAAAUAACUUAAAUGAAAUGAAAUCAAGUACUGAAUUAAGUUUAAGGUUUUUACUAAGGACUAAAGUAAAGUAAUUACCAAUCGGGUGUCAAUGAAGGAACAAGCAAGAAGUUAAAAACGUUGGCCCGACUUUUUAAGGUGGUAUUGUGUAUCCACAAAAGCCAUUUAUGACCAAAACAGACAUUUUUUAAUAGCAUCUCCGCGUUAGAAAGGUUUAGAAAAGCCAUUUUAACUGACUGAAUGAAAUGCUGGCCUCUGUAUCUAUUUAUUUAUUUAUUUAUUUUUAAAAUUAUCAGUUACCUUUGAUGAAAAAUUGUUCUUUUGACUUUCAAAGUCAUGGUUACCAAAUUUUGAAGGCAACACUUGUUUCUAAUUAAUUAUACCAUGUAUACCGGAUCGAGGUUUGUGGUAAAAGUGAUUUUGUACCGUGAAUGCAUGUAUGACGCAAAUUGGACAUGUUGAUCAUUCCAACGUAACCAGCAAUAGACUUCAUAUGUUCCGGUUUUUAAACUAAACAAAAUCUUUUUAUUGUUAUCGGCAAACCCGAAAAAGGCAGAACGACUAUAAACAUUGUCCUAAAAUCGGCUCACAGCUGGAGUGGUAUGCGCUUCCACGGAAAGGAUAAAUAUUUUUGGCCUCCCACAGAGAACUCAAGAUCAUAAAGUUGAGAACGGAUCGCGCGUAAAAACAGACUCAUGUGAAACACAUAUGCUGCAUAAAGGAAACUGCAUGAGUUACUGACUACUUGAGCAGUUAACUUACGGACUUAAUCAAACAAAGCCGCUGAGCUUACAAGCGCAACAUUUGAGAAUUUACGAGAAAAGAACCGACAGAAAUAAAUCUUGCGUUUAACCUCAUUCAUACCCUGCUCAAAAUGAGGAUGGGAACGAAGUGCCCGCGGGAGCGAUCCUCAUAAAUGCAGACCACUUGGUAUUGAGUUUGAGAAUUUUGACCCAUUUAGGCACUUUUGCGGCUUUUAUCCCAUGAUGGUCAUGUAUUUAGUACAAUCCACGGCGCGUUUAAUUGAAAACAUGACGCAGUUCUUACGUCAUGUGACGUCAUCACUUCUUUUGGACUGCCGUAAGGGGUGCAGAUCCGCUCGACCGUCAAGCUCAGAAGCUGUCUGAAAGGGUGAAGAAUUUUGGGCGCUAAGCAACUUGUCCUAGAAGAAGUGUACAAUCAGGGGAUUAUUAUCUCUUGCUACAAUCUAACGGCUUUUAAUUCUUGUGAAGGAGAGCGACUUCCUGGGUAAACUAUAAACUGCAAUGAGCUCUACACCAUGGCCCGAUCCACAUGCAUCUUAUCUAAGUGCGAUCUUUCUAUCUACCGUCAGCUCCUGCAACCAUUUAUUUGCCUCCAUCACAAAAAUUGAUGAUUUUUGCAAAUUAAGAGAUGAUAUACCUUUUUAAAAUAUAAAACAUCUCCAGGUUCCUUUUGAGAAUUCUUUUCCGAUGGGCUCCUGUCUGAUGUUAAUCUCCCGGCGACUGGACAAAGUCUCUCCCUAAGGAACUUGAUUUGAAAAUAUUAUGUCCUCUUUUUUCUUGUCUUUAUGACUGAUAACUUCUCUUUUGUUCUCAGAAACAACAACGAGACACCACGUUGACGUGGACGGCGAGUACCUUGCUUUAGACAUCUUGGACACCGCGGGAAAGGUAAAUAUCCCUGAUCCAUUCAUGAGCCCUGAUUACAGUCAAAUCUCGCCUUGCGGACAUACCGCUAUAACGAACACCCCGAUAAUACGGACAACAGCUAAAUCCCAAUGCAAAAAUGAAUUGCAGAUAUUUGACUGAAAUAAACUCCCGCUAAUGCGAACUCUAAAUCGCGUUCCUUCAAUGUCCGCUGUAAAGUGAGUUAACUGUAAAUGAUCCGCCUUUUGUCUGUAAUUGUAGGCGACAAAAGGAGCCCUCGAAAAAUUCUUGGUCAGCAGUACUUUAGGUUCAGCUUUGUGUCACUCAUUACUGUUUUCAUUGUAUCUUUGCCUGCGAAUACAGCCUUCUGUUCUCGCUCCCCACCAUUAUUUAAUUCGCAGGCUAACUGUGACUAAAAUCGCUAUGUGACUAAAAUGUGACUAAAAUCGCUGAUUAAAAACGAGUAUUGUUUACUGUGUUGUUCAAUUCAGUUUCCAUGCUCAUGAUCCGCCGCGAUUCCAUCUGCUGACACCGCAACUAAAAGGGCUUUCUCUGAUUCACGUACGCAAUUGUGAAAGCGGUUCUCAUAAAUCACAUCUCUAAGGUAAACCCACAUGUUCGCCCACACCUCCUAACCAUCGGUUACUGCUAGGAUAUCACAAAGAGGAUGAAGUGGCUUAACGGGAGUUAAGUUAACUUAGUUAAGUUAAAUACUUAAGUUAGUUAAGUUUUCGUGCUAAUGCACACGCUUACUGAAAUUUCAUCUUUCACUGGUUGCAUCUUCGACCCUCUCGCGACAUCGUUGUAAGAAUAGGUUCUGUAGUGUGAAGUGCUCGGCAGCUUUGGCGCAGAAACACUCGCUACUCAGGCUAAUGAAGUAAAUACGCCCCUUCCGAUUGAAUAAUAGUCUAUCUCGCUGUCACAGCCAGAAUUAUGUCGCUGAUAGACUUUUAAACUUUGGUGAAAUGGUAAAACGUGCCUCAAAGCCAUAAAUAAGAAAAGGCGAUAGUAGCCUUAAACGAUAUUUUAUAGUUAUAACAAGACCACAGAGUAAAGCGAUCCUGAGCACAUUGUACUCUAUUAUUAAAGCUGUCUAUGUAAAUUGUUUCUUUUUCAGAACACUAAUGAGAAGAUGGAAAAUAUCAUUGGAUAUGCAGAUAUUUUUCUCGUCCUAUACUCUAUAACGGAUCGUGCCAGCUUCCAGGAGGCAGGGAAGAUUGUAAAAUACAUCCGGCGACACCGAACACUCGAUUCAAGCAGCAUAAUUAUCGCAGGAACCAAGACGGACUUGGAACAUUUCAGGAAAGUACGCGAAACAGAUGGGUCACGCCUCACCUACUCGUUAAACUGUGGAUUCUUUGAGAUAUCAAUUUCGGAGGAUUACAGGGAGACUAUGAACAUGUUUAAUGACAUUUUAAGACAGUAUCUGAAUGCACAUCCAUCCCACGACUCAUCAGCGACGAUAUCUACGUGUCCUUCUCCUACCCCACCUAACGCGUUGUCUCCUUCCAAGGAAAUCAAGUCGCCUUCUUCUUGGGCGAAAGUAAAGGGGCUUAAAACAAUGCCAUUUAGAAGGAAAUCAGUCCAGACAGCAGCCUGCUAG